CUUCCUCCUCCUGCUGAAGUGUCUAGAAGGAGCUUCUCGGCUUUAAGUCCCCUCUCUCUCACACAUCUCUACACACUUUACUAAUCAUUUCCGCAGUGCUACACGGCGUUAAUUCGAUCAAGAGUGCGGGAUUUCCCGGUACACACAAACCCUCAGCUAUCUUCUCCACUUCUCAUCCCAUUCGAACUCAACUGCAGGUGGACUGAAGCAGAAUCUUCCUUCAUUUUUAUUUUACACAUUUUGGGGCGAACAUGACUGCAGAAGAAUUGUCCAACGACUCCCAGAGCAUCCCUAUGGAAGGAGAAGACAUCACCCCAAAGAAAGAUGGAGGAGUUUUAAAGCUGGUGAAGAGAGAGGGCACAGGCGCCGAGUUACCGAUGACCGGCGAUAAAGUGUUCGUGCAUUACGUUGGGACUCUUCUGGAUGGCACUCAGUUCGACUCCAGCCGUGAUCGAGGAGAGAAGUUCUCAUUCGAGUUAGGAAAAGGUCAGGUGAUCAAAGCAUGGGAUAUCGGUGUUGCGACGAUGCGCAUCGGUGAAAUCUGCCAGUUGAUCUGCAAACCGGAGUAUGCAUACGGAUCUGCUGGAAGCCCACCCAAAAUCCCACCCAACGCAACCCUGGUGUUCCAGGUCGAGUUGUUUGACUUUCACGGCGAGGACAUCACAGAGGAUGAAGAUGGCGGAAUUGUUCGUCGCAUCAUCACUAAAGGAGAGGGAUACUCCAAACCGAACGAGGGGGCGUCCGUGGAAGUGCACGUGGAGGGAACGCAUGAGGGCCGCGUGUUCGACGAGCGGGAGCUGAAGUUUGAGGUGGGAGACGGAGAAAACCUCGAUCUGCCGCUCGGUGUGGAGAAAUCGCUGCAGGCUAUGGAACAGGGCGAGGAGUCUCUGUUCAUCAUCAGACCAAAAUAUGGCUUUGGAAACGCAGGCAAACCCAAAUUUAACAUUCCACCUGGUGCUACGCUGCAAUACAAAAUCAAACUGACAAAGUUCGAGAAGGCUAAGGAAUCCUGGGAAAUGAACACCAGCGAGAAACUGGAACAGAGCACAAUCGUCAAAGAGAAAGGAACUCAAUACUUCAAAGAUGGGAAAUAUAAGCAGGCGGUUGUGCAGUAUAAGCGCAUCGUGUCGUGGCUGGAGCACGAGUCCAGCCUGCAGGAAGAGGACGAAGAGAAAGCCAAAGCCCUGAGACUAGCGGCUCACCUCAACCUGGCAAUGUCCUACCUAAAACUACAGGAGCCUAGCCUUGCCCUGGAGAACUGUGACAAGGCUCUGGAACUGGACACGAACAAUGAAAAGGCUUUGUUCAGGCGAGGAGAAGCGCUGUUCGUGAUGAAGGACUUUGAUCGGGCGAGAGGAGACUUCCAGCGUGUGGUGCAGCUCUAUCCAACCAACAAGGCAGCAAAGAGCCAAGUGCUGCAGUGCCAGAAACACAUUAAGGAGCAGCACGAAAAGGACAAACGCCUCUACGCCAACAUGUUUCAGAAGUUUGCCGAGAGGGACGCUAAAAAAGAAGCCGGGCAGGUGAAGAAAGAGAGCAAAGACGGCACGAUGGAGCUCGAGGAAAACGGUGCAGAAGAGCAGACCGCAGCAUAAACGCUUGUUAAUUUGUCUGCUUUGAGUGUCUAAUGAAUUUUUUUACUUUUGGUUUUCAUUUUGCAGUUUGUUUCCUAUAAAAUGAGACGAGUUUAUGUGUAUAGGUGCGAAGUUGGACGUCUGAUCUGUAGAAUACUGGUUAUUUUUGUUGCCUUUUUUCCCAAGGCCUCGCUGCCACUGGCACCGUGCGAGUUUCAUUGAUGUACUCGUGUUCACGUGAGGCAGCUAGACAGGCCCGGCUGUGUUUGUUUUUUUUUAUUUGGCUGCUAUUCCGCAUGAAGGUGCAGAAUGGAGUAAGGCUCGAGCACUGAACAGAGAAAAUAUUAGGCAGCACCACAGCCUCUACUAUUGGGACCUGCCCUGAUACUGCUACUUAAAGGGUAUACUGGCGCGCACCACUAUGUAGUGCUGCUGUACACAACAGGUAAUGGCAUGAAAUUAAAACGUAAUGGCAACACGACUGUUUUGUUUGUAUUCUCCUUAUGGUUGUAUACAUUUAGCUUUUGUCUUUCAUUAUGUAUUUUACUGUUCGCUGUCCAUUAGGCUGUUAAACUUCUAUAAUCCUUUUCUUUAUUCAUUCAACUGGAAAUACAGUGUAGGGUACAUAGUUUUUUGUCAGAAUAAAUCGCUUAUUAUCUGCUUGACUUGCAUUUAUAAUGCAUUAUAAGCACUUAGACAUGUAUCCAGACUUCUGUUCUAGCCUACUUCGGUGCUUGGUGUCUGCAAGGACUCUGAACCGGAUCCUGGGCUCAUAUCAGAUUUUUUCUAGAUCGGGAGAUAUUACUCAGCGGUUCAUACGCUCUGAUUUGUUUGAAAAUGCAUGAACUGAAGGCGAGGGAAAUGACGUUCUUUGUUCUGGUCGUGUGUCUCUAAUGCUCUAGUGAUGUCAAAUAAAAGAAUACAGUUUGCUCAGAA